AGUUGCCUGUGUAAGAAUUUUUUUUCCUGGUGAAUGUGGUGAUUGAAUAAAUGACAAGACUAAAGGAAUCAUUGGAAAGCCCAGUAUCACACCUGGGACAUAUCGGAGACGUUCCGUUCGAAAGUGCAGUUGGCUGGACAUCAAAAAACCAUUUUUCAGCUGCAGCAAGUAAUUGGCCUCAGGCGAUCAGGCAAUCUAGAUAUAGU